GCGCAGGGCAUUUGUGCAUCUCGCGAGAGAUCCUCUCAGCCUCACUCAGUCGCGUUUCGCUCGCUGGGGUGCCCGCCAGAGCAAGCCCGUGAUGGUAGUAAAUACGUGAAGUGACAUGUGUUGAACUCACCCUCGGCAAAAUCCACCCCAAUGCGAGAUGGAGCUUGGGUAAUGACCAGCGAUGGUCAGAUGACCAUGAACGCGUCUUUGUGAUUUAAUUAAAAGACUAUGAGUGGGAACUAACGAUGGCAACCUCUCUAACUGGAGUUGGGAUUCUGUGGGCUACGUUGUCCUUAGCGGCGGCCUUGCUGUGCUGCUCGGGAUUUUAUCUGCCCUUCUGGAUACAGGGCCGCCUGCUGGGAAAAGUGGAUGCCUACUUUAGUUCGUUCCGCAGAUGCAACUAUCCCCGAGUCAGUCCGCAGGGGGUAGUUGAGAUAGUGCAGGAAUGUGGACGGUAUUCAAAGUUCUGGGACAUUCCGAGCCCUUGGUGGCAAGCCAGCACCGUUCUUGUGGGAACCGGAAGUGCGUUGAGUUUACUCAUAGCUGUGACGGCCACAGCGGCAUGCUGUAUAACCUACGUGGUGCAUUCGGGGACGGCAAGAGUCGCCGGAUCCUUGCAACUAACAGCAGCCCUUCUUGUGAUAGUCGGCGCUGCGGUCUAUCCUGUGGGAUGGGACAAUCGCGAAGUGCGGGAGUCCUGUGGAAAUUCCAGCCACAUAUACCGACUAGGUGAAAGCCGGCUCGUUUCGGAUCUGAAUGCACAUCAUCGGGAUUGCGUCCAUCAGCAACAACGAGUGGCGUCCCGCCUGGCGAACCCGACGGCCUCCGUCGUCGUCCAGGAGUUUGUGCAGUCGGCAACUGUGAACGUGCCGUUUUCACCCAUCGUCAACGACGUGAACGACACCAGCGUCGUCGUCAGAGACCUACCCAAGUGUCUGAUGAAAUCGGACGGAAAUGUUUUCGAUUAAAAUCGGCCGUUUCUUUCAUAAUCCCGUUUAAUUAAACGCAGGGGAAAGGCAGCACUCUUUUAGUGUUUUGCAAGUCGGAAGCCACAACAAGACAGACGAUUUUAUCGGCGCUUUGAUUUAUCGCAACAAGCAAUGAAACUCUGAGGUUUUAAAUAUUUAUCCUGUUCCGCGCUGAAAUAAUAACAGUGCGCUGAAUUAAAAGACGGUUUAGUGCCGUUGUAAAAUAAAACAAUCGGCUGUCUCUCCGCGGCUGAAAAAUUCAAGCUCGGUUUAAAUUUUCACAUCGCUUUCGGAAUAAAGGUUUUCAAAAAUUGGGUGCAAUUAUGGCUUGUUUGGAGUUUUGCCUUUCCCUUGCAGUUCGUUUGAUUUGUUGAUUGUGGCGUAAAUACGUAAAUGAGAAUUCUAAAAACCAGUGAACAAACCAACGAUCAACGGCUUAAAUCGAGUGAAUUUGUUAAAAUAAGUGCAAACUGACAUCAUCAUAUCCAAAGACUGAAGUGUUAAAUUUGUUACGAUUUCAGAAAACUAGUUCAAUUCAUGUGUUAGAUUUCAAGAUUCUAUCGACUAUUAUUUGUAUCACUAUUAAGAAUAAAUUUUUAAAAUUUC